AUGACUACUACUACAACUAAAUCCUCCCCACAUAUGUCAUUUGCACAGACUUAUAUCCUUGCCAGUAAAGUAAGACUGAAGUUGACUAAAGAAGCAGCAUCACCAAAAUCAUCAUUAAGAAACUUGGUUGUUCAGGCUAAUAUGUUGGAUAAUUUGAUGGAUUAUAUUACCGAAGAAACUGAACGCAGAAAUAACUACAAUCAAGAACAGCAUCAGGGGCAACAACAAGACAGUGAUGGUAAACGUGUACAAUUUGAUAUUCCUUCCGAGGUUAAUCAUGGCAAAUCUGGUCAUUCAGAUGAAGAAGUUUCUAAUACUGGUUCUUUAUACAAGACUUCAAUAACUGAAUAUGAGCUUGAUUCCGAUUCCGAUUCCGAUUCAGACUCAGAUUAUGAAGAAGAAGAUUACGAUGAUGGUGAUGAACAAGAAGAAGGUGAUGUCAGUGAUGAAAUCAAACAAUUGAAUGGUGCUAUUUAUGAACAUGCCGCAAUGAUUCCUCACGUAACCACUCAAGAAGUUACUGAUUCUGAUUCUGAAGACGAAGAAGAGGAAAUAGACAACAGUUCACUGAUUUAUUCAUCAUCUGGAUCAUCAGAUUCCGACUCUGAUGAUUAUUAUAUUUAUUCAGAUUCAGAAGAAGUUGAAGAAGAUGUAGCUACCCAAGCCAAGAUUCCAAGAACUAUAGCCAUCAAUACAUCUAUGCCAUCCACACCUAGUUACAAAUCUUUACCAUUUACGAAUUUAUCUUCGUCUACACCAACUAUCAUUGAAGAAGAUGAAGACGAAGAAGAGGAGGAGGAAGAAGAAGGUGUUGCUACUGAUGUUGAAGAAUCUGAUGACGAAGGAACAAUCAUUUGUGAUUCUGAUCAACAAGAACAAAUCGACCAUUUACACCAUGAUAUGCCAGAAUUAUGCAAUACCAAUUCAUUAACUGAUGAUGAAUAUGAUGAUGAAGAAUACUUGCUUACUCAUCCACAUCAACCACAUCACCAUCACCACCACCAUCAUCAUGAUCACCACAAUAGCAAUGCACAAUACACAUACCCAAGCAAAACACUUGAAAUGCCAACUAACACUACUACUACCUCCACAUCAUCAGAUGGAGGAUCUAAUUGUAUUCCAAUUAGUUUAUUCCAACACGAGAAUCUCACAUUGGAACAAAUUUAUUAG